UUGCGAUUAUUUCUAUUAGAAUUCCUGAUUCGUCUUUUUUGAAUUGCUAAUGUGGUAGAGAAUAAAGAGUUGCAUUCUUUAACUUAGACUGGAUAUUCUAAACUCAGUGCUUGUUUGAUGUAAAUUGUAAUCUAUUACAUAUUCGUUGAUGAAACAAACGAGGAUUAAGUAAUUGCUACCCCAAGCUUAUGCAGUGACCAGGAACAUGAAGCUUUGUUGUUCAAAAAUUCUCUUGCGGAACUUUCAUUACUGAAACUAUAUUUUGCUAAUCCUUGCUAUAAUUUUUGCGUCUGUUUUGCCUUCUCAAAAAAGAAAUUGCAUCUUUUUCAGUAUACUAGCACGAAAUGGUUUAUAUGGUGAUUGACUCAAGCAACAACUCAGGAGUAUAUUAUACGGCUUUCCUCCCCAAGAACUAAAUUCCUUACCAAUUUUCAGAAUUUAUGCUACUGGCUUAAGUUAUACAAGCACUAUUUGGCUGUGGCUCAUAAGAAAAUUUCAGAUCUGGUCUUAGCUAGUCAUUGUAUGCCCAUAGCAGAAGCACAUAUUGAAUCUUGGUUUUUUGUUCUAUUCCUUACUUUUGGUUGGUGACUCUUUAUUUACAUUUGUCAUUAGCCCUUCACAAAAGUUACAGACUUGCUACAUUUUCAUUGAUUGGCUUCUUUAUUCAGCUUGGCAAGAUUGAAAUCUGCAUGCCUCCAAAUCCUUUAGUGAUUUUGAUUGAAAUGGAUCUUGUGUAAUUUAUCACACUUUAGGACUCCACCAGGUUGAGGACAAGGUUGGUAAUGAAAGCUCCAUGAGGAGAGGAGCUGUGUGUUUCUGUUGAUAGGUUUAUGAUAUGCAGGUUCUUGGCCACAAUUUGCCCUGUCAUGUUGCUGCACAUUUUGCUGUAUCAUUUACUUUCAUGUUUUGGAAAUCAAACUCAACUGUUGCCAUGCCUUGUAGGAGGGGGGAAAAAACAGAGUUUUUAAAACAAGGUCAUGUUAUGAGUAAGGUUUUGAAAACUGGACCGGUCAUUGAACUAGAAAAAUCUUCGAUUCAUGGUUCCAUGAUUCGUCGGGGUUCAAAUCGGUUUGAACCGAAUUCAACAAUACAUUAUUAUAAGUAGACCGAAGAUAUUAACUCCAACAAUGCAAAAUUAUUCAGUAUAGUAUAAUUACUAAUAAAUUAACUACCAAUGAAUAAAUAAUUCAUUGAUAAUGAUGGUGUACCGUUAAUUAGUUGAAUGAAUAAUUCAAUUUCAGGGAGUUUUAAGACUUGUUUUGAAACGUUGAGGGGCGGUUGUGAAAACUGGCAAACCUUUUGGGGUCUUUUUGAUAUUUUCAUUAUCCUAAUCCGAACAGGAAUAGAGGAACGAUACAUAUAUAACAGAACGUUGGAAAGGAAAAAAACAGAAGACGGUGCGUGAGCUCCUCGAUAGAUUGAGAUUGAGGGCGGUGUUCCUUUAAAGUUGCGAUCAACUGUUGUGCUUGGUGAUGGAGCCCAUAACUACUGAUGGGUCUUGUGAAUUUGACGUGAUUAAGAAUGGUGAACUGGAAACAAUGCUGAAGGAUGCAGGGUUGUAUGAGAGCCAUGAAGAAUCUGUAACGAGGGAGUUGAUGCUGGGGAGAUUGGAUCAGAUUGUGAAGGACUGGGUGCGGAAAAUCACAAAGGACAAGGGUUUCAAUAGUGAGAUUGUUGAAGCGGCCAACGCAAAGAUUUUCACUUUUGGGUCUUAUCGAUUGGGGGUUCAUGGCCCUGGAACAGAUAUUGACACACUGUGUGUUGGACCAAACUAUGUCACUAGGGAUGAGGAUUUCUUUGGAGGACUUUAUGGGAUACUGAAGAUGAUUCCUGAGGUACAAGAACUGAACCCUGUACCCGAUGCACGUGUUCCUGUUAUGAAAUUCAAGUUUAAUGGGGUUUCUGUGGAUCUUCUCUAUGCACCACUGCAUCUCUGGGUUGUUCCUGAGGAUCUUGAUAUCUUGCAAGAUUCUUUGUUGAAUGGAGCGGAUGAGAAGACAGUGCUUAGCCUGAAUGGAUGCAGAGUUACUGACCGGAUUUUACGUCUGGUUCCUAAUGUGCAGACUUUCUGCACCACAUUAAGAUGCAUAAGAUAUUGGGCAAAACAGCGCGGAGUUUAUUCGAAUGUGAUGGGGUUUCUUGGUGGAAUCAAUUGGGCUUUGCUUGUUGCUCGUAUAUGUCAGUUGUACCCGAAUAUGUUGCCUAGUACAUUGGUUUUUCGAUUCUUCAAGAUAUACAAGCAAUGGAGAUGGCCUAAUCCGGUUUUGUUAUGUCCAGUCCAGAAGGGAUCUCUUGAACAUCAAGUUUGGGAUCCAAGGAGAAAUUUCAAGGAUAGGAUGCAUCGAAUGCCUAUUAUAACUCCGGUUCAUCCUUGUAUGAAUUCGAGUUACAAUGUGUCGUCUAGCACACUGCAGAUUAUGGUAGAUGAGUUUCAAAGGGGUUCUGAAAUAUGCGAGGCAAUGGAGGGUAGCAAAGAUGGCUGGACUUGUCUGUUUGAGCCUUUCCUCUUUUUUGAAGCUUACAUGAACUACUUGCAGAUUGACAUAACGGCGAAUACUGAUGAAGACUUAAUGAUGUGGAAAGGCUGGGUUGAGUCGCGCCUUCGUUUGCUUACUUUGAAGAUUGAAAGAGACACAGGAAGUAUGCUUCAGUGCCACCUGCACCCUACUGGUUUAUCAGACAAAUCAAGACCAUUGCACUGUAGUUAUUUCAUGGGGUUGCAACGGAAACACGGGGUGUGUAUGCAGGAAGGGAAACCAUUGGACAUGAGAUAUACUAUUAGAGAGUUCAAGUACUUUGUAGGGCUGUACUCCUCUUGGAAAUCAGGAAUGUCCAUCGAUGUAGGUCAUGUAAAACGCAGUAGCAUUCCACAUUUUGUCUUUCCUGGUGGCGUCCGACCUUCAUGUUCCAUUCAAACAUUGAAGAGAAAUAAAAGAGUUCAUGGGAAAAAGAGAAAAUUAGAUGAGGUUGCCAAAGGUAAUGAAUUGAAAGAUCCAGGGUCGUUGAUGGGAAUUGGGACAGAUCAUUCAAAGGAGGGGAGGAGGAUUAAAGAACAUAAAGCAAAUGCGAAUGAGUUCUUGUCUGAUGCAAGCUGUGGUUUGACAGCAGGGCCACCAAAUCCUUGUGUGAAAGUUGAAGAAGUACCAUCCAUGUCGAACCAUCAGAAUGUAGCGGUACCUCUGCAAGCAGCAACGACAGUGGCGAAAGUGGUCAGCUACUGCACUGAUCUCCUGGAAGAAUUAGAGGAGCUUGAGCCUACAGACGUAGUUGCGCCAUUAUCUGGAGUGGCACAAGGAAAAUUGUUUAUCAGACUAAACACAGCCAGUACUUGUGGAUUUCCACAGCCUUUGAAGUCAUGAGAUAACCUAUUGAAGGCAUUGUAAUGUAGCUGUCAAGGAGAAGAUGUCAAGUUGUAGGAGAUGAAGUUGGAGAGAUCAGCGGGAUUGGCUCAUCUUGUUUCAGAUGGAAGAUUUCAAUUCAUUGUCAUGUUCCUGUUGCAAGGCUCUGCUAAGGAUCUGAUUGAGAUGUUACAGUGUGUUAGAUACUGAUUUCGCAGUCCAAGUGUAAAAACUAUUCUUUUGGCAUGAAUGAUAUAAA